CUGGGAUAGGCUCCAGCGUCCCGCGACCCUAACAAGGAUAAGCGGUGUUGAAAAUGGAUGGAUGGACAGCUAAGAAGUAUUUUUUUUCACUUGUUAUGCUUAGCUAAUUUGGCAUUUUUAUGUUGUUUUGCUUUUUUUCUUCUCAGUAAAGCACAUGAUGCAAGUUCAUAAAAAUGGGAAACUAUUAUGUGGUUUUUUUUCCGACGUGCCAAGUGAUCAAAAAGGGUAUUGUAUAUAGUUGACAGUAAACUUUUUUUUUUUUUUUUUUUUUUUUUUACUUAAGGAGUUGAAUUAGUACUUCUACCUUUAACUUUUUUUCUUUUUUUUAUAUAUCGUGCAUAAUGUUGAGCACUUUUACACCUCUGGUAAGAACCAAAACUCACAGUUGUUCUUGAUUAGGAUUUUUAUGAUGUUGAUCAAAUUCAUCCACGUUACACCCAGUUCUGCAUAAUGAAAAAGAAGGCUGGAUGCCAUUUUUCUCUUUCUCCCCCCCACUUUAAGCAAGUACACAUCAGUGCAGACUUCUUGACCCUCCCUCCACAGUGCAGGCACACUAGGCUGUGUGGAAGUAUCACAUUUUAGCUGGCUUACAGACUGAUGCAAUAAAUACAAUGAAUGAAUGAACAAAGAAAUAAAGAAAAGAAGCGAACAGAUCGCCAGAUCUGUGUAUUCAAUGACGAUGACGUCACCACGAGGCGCUCUCCCACUGAACGGACAUGAUGAUUUCGAAUCACUAAACCAAGCAGCGAGCCGACCCGAUUUAUCUCCAAUGUCAUGUUGCCGUCACGUGACAAUCAAAGUCGCGCCUGCGCGUCGUACUUCUCCUACCACUUUACGCACUUGUUCAGUGUCUGGAAUGUGUGCAGAUUAUUGGUGCACGACGCGCGGAGAGCCUCGUUUGGACCGUCAUCAUGCCCUUGGCUUCUAAAGCAAAUGAGUCCAAAAUGGAUGGACGGAUGGAUGGAAGUUACCAGAUCAACUCGGUGCAUUUCCAGGAUCAGUGCCCGCCUCUCCCCUCGCCUCGCUUGGGCAACCACAUCAUCAACGCGGGCAAUGGCCGCAGUGUGGGCACAACCAUUUCCUUGCAGUGCCCAACCAAACACAGGCUGGUAGGAGGUGAGCUCAAGUGCGUCAUGGAUGCCAACAGGCCCCGCUGGGUGGGGGAACUCUCCUGCAAACCUUUGUCUCUGUACAAAGACAGUGGUUUCCGAGUGGCUGUUCUUGCAUCCAUUGUCAGUAUUGGCAUAAUAUUCAUCAUGUCUAUGAUGUUCAUCACCUGCUGUAUUUUGGAUUGCGUCCAAAAGAAUACGAGAAAAAAGCAGGGCAGGGAUUCAUUCAAAAGACAUUUGGAGGACGGCAUGUCCUGCUAUAGCCUUGAAGGCGGAUGUGACAUUGACAUCCCAGAGAACCUCUGUGACAACAGUCCUCCUCAAUGGUUCACCUAUGGUCUCGGUCAAACAAACGCCCCCACGCCUCCACGUCCCUCUGGAUUCUAUGAUAACCAACAUCCGGUCCCUCAAAAAUCUGAUUGUGUACAGGUCUUCGGUCCACCUCAUUACAUCGCUAUUUCAUCAUGUUGCAAGUGUUCAAGCUCAGGUCUGGUUCAGAUCCCCACUGAAGAAACUGAUUUGGUUUGGCAGCCUUACAGCCAGCAGCUAUGUUCAACACAAAGGAAUCCUUGAAUUACAAAUAUGUCAAAAACAACAACAAGGUGGGAAUACAGUGAAGCCUUGCUCUUUGCAGGAGUUUGGGACCAAGCGCAAAAGUAAUGGAUACCGUGCCGGAAAAUGUUUGAAAUUGCCUAUAUUAAUAGUUUUAACCCCAUACUAUGAUCCCAAAACACUUUACCAUUUCAAACUCAUUUUACAUGAUCCUUAAAAAUAAAUUGCUUACAGAUUACAUGAUACAAAGUAAAUUGCAUCAAAUUUAGUACAAGUAUGCUGCUGUGCAGUGUGUCUCCAUGUCAGAACCUCUCAUUUCUGAAAUACAUUUAUUGCAAAUGA